UUCAAAUAAUUAUUCAAUAAAGUACAAAUUGUUCUUAAAAUAAAUAAAUUUAAAUUUUUUUAUAAUAAAAACUCUCUAGAUUUGCACUGAGUUUUUCUAAAUACCGUAUCUUAAGUCUGUACAACGUGAAGUUUUAUGUUAUAUAAUUAUUUUGAAAGUUUUUCAAUAGACUGAUUUUUAUAAUUUGUUUCGACUUUAAAAUGGCUGGCUUUUCAUCCAGGAAAACUAUUAUAUAUUGGAUUCGUAAUGACCUGCGUUUGCAUGAUAAUGAGUGUUUAAAUUUUGCUUGUCGAGACGGCUCACAUGUUUUACCACUUUACUGUUUUGACCCUGACCAUUACAAGUUAACACACCAUUUCGGAUUCUUAAAAACUGGUAUACAUAGAGCAAAACUUAUACUCGAUGCUGUGUCCGGAUUACGAAACAGUUUACAAAAAAAAGGAAGUAACCUUGUUAUUUCUAAACAUAGACCAAAAGAAGCCAUUGAAAAAUUAAUUUUAGAAUGUGAACAAACAGCACCAGUAACAUCAAUUGUUUUUCAAAAAGAAAUAACGAAAGAAGAAACUGACGUAGAAGCAUCGGUUUUUAAGGUGUGUGAUUCAAAAGGAAUACAAGUAUUGUCUUUUUGGGGUUCUACAUUGUAUCAUAUAGAGGAUAUUCCAUUUCAAAUAAAUCAAAUUCCCAAUACGUACACUUUAUUCAGAAAAGGUGUUGAAAAAUGUCCUGUCAGAAAACUUAAUCCAAUACCAGACAAAAUAAGUUCUUUACCAAAUUUAAAAAAUUUUCCUUUAGGGGAAGUUCCUUUGCUUAACGAACUUGGUUUUGAUAAAAAUGAGUAUGAGAUUGACGUUCGAUCAGUAUUUCCAUUUAAUGGUAGUGAAGUUGAUGCUGUUAAACGUUUAAAUGAAUAUUUAUGGGGAAAUAGUGCAAUACUUACUUAUAAAGAAACAAGAAAUGGUUUAUUAGGAAAAGACUACUCAACCAAAUUCAGUCCAUGGCUGGCUCUAGGAAGCUUAUCUCCUAGAAUGAUCUAUCAUAAAAUAAAAGAUUUCGAGGAGCAGAAAAAAAUCAAGGAAAAUGAUUCUACUUAUUGGGUUGUGUUUGAACUUAUUUGGAGAGACUAUUUUAAAUUUAUUUGCUCGAAGCAUGGAAAUAAAGUAUUUUUUAAGGGUGGAUUAAAAGGCGGUAAAGGUCCUUGGACCUGGAAACAGGAUUUAAAUUUAUUUAUGAAGUGGGCUAAUGGAGAUACUGGUAUUCCAUUUGUUGAUGCUAAUAUGAAGGAACUAUUAGCUACUGGCUGGAUGUCUAAUAGAGGAAGACAAAAUGUUGCAAGCUUUCUUGUUAAAGAUUUAAAUUUAGAUUGGAGAAUUGGAGCUGAGUGGUUUGAGUCACUGCUAAUUGAUUCAGAUGUUUGUUCAAAUUAUGGAAAUUGGAAUUAUAUAGCUGGAAUUGGAAACGAUCCUCGAAGCAAUCGAAAGUUUAAUGUAAUAAAGCAGGCUGCAGAUUAUGACGAAGAAGGUGAUUAUGUUAGAACAUGGCUACCUGUUUUGAAAAAAUUAGGCAUUUGUCAUACCCCUUGGAGAUUAUCUGCUUCUGAGUUAAAUGCAGGUGGAGUUGAUUUAGGUAAAAACUACCCACAUCCAAUAAUAGUAGCACCUGAAUGGGCAAAGCAUGCAUUAAAAAUGAACAGUAAAAAUUGUUUUCAUGAACAUAGAGGUAAACAAAAUGGUCAAAAACGUUCUAUUGAUUUUUAUUUUAAAUCUGGAAAAACUGGAGAAUAGAUUUUUUUUUAGUUUACAUUUUUAAAUGUAGUUUAUAGGAAACUAUUUUAUUGUUUAUAUUAUGUUAAUUAGCACAAUGCUUUAUAGCAGAAGCAUAUCUUCGUGCAGUGUGUCGGGAAGGUUAGAAUUUUACUAUCAGGUUUUUUUCAUCAUUUUGCAAAAUAAAAAGAAUUUCUUUUAAAGAAAUUUUAAAAAGUACUUUGUAGACAUUAUAUAAUGCAUUUUCAGGCAUCAAGCUAUGUAUUUUUAAGCAUCAAGUAUAACAUGUUGAUCUAGAGAUCAACAUUUUUUUCAAAAUCUUGUUUUCUUCACUAUCUAUAGGUAGUUAGUAAAAAUACAUAUAUAAUGUAAAUUAUAUAUUAUAUAAUGUAACAUGAAGUAUUGCAUAUUAAAAGCUUGUUUUUAUAAAGAGGCAAGUACAAAUAAAUUGUUUUGGAGAAUUUA